UGGUCACUUGUGGUUUUCUACCUCACCAGACUUCACGCUUUUUACGCGCACCAGCUACAGUAGAUAUCUGACUCCUUCAUCCUCGCAGGGGGGUCCAACGUCAGAGUAGUGCUUAAAACGCAGAUUAUUCCUUGGGCAUGGGGUUUCAGUGUAAUGCAUUUUGACUUGAGUUAUUGGUUUUAUCCAGCGCUCUGUCUUGUAUUCUGCACCAUGGCGAACUCUUAAACGCUGUACCGUUGGCUACUACGGUGUAUUUAUUCUGCCUGCCCCAAAUCUGACAAAGAUCUAACUCUUCGAAGGGUUUCAAACUCACUUCUUUUUUUUUAUCAACGAAAGCCGACAGCAACUAGCGCUUUCUAACUCUGUGGAGACGCCAUUUGGCAAUGACAUCGCUCCCGUGCGCUCUGUGCAUAAUAUGGAUAUGUUUGGUCUGUCAUUCGACGGGAACGGGAUUUAUUUACCAGUUUCCCGGAGUGACUGGUCAAAGCGUCAACUCGGAGCAGAGCGCGACCACAGGUUCACCAGGCAGCGGAUCGAACAUUCACCUCAGGAACUGGUGCCAGUACACUGUGUUGAGGACAGUGAAGUGCCAGGUGCACAAUGGGACAGAGACCACGGUACAGAGAGUGUUCCAAGGCUGCCGUUGGCCAGGACCCUGCUCCAAACUCAUCAGCUACAGGACCGUGGUCAGGCCGUCUUACAAGGUGGCCUAUCGGCAGGUCACAGCUCGGGAGUGGAGGUGUUGUCCUGGGUUUGUAGGAGAGGAAUGUCGAGAAGAGUGUAUGAACUGCACUGGCUUCACUGACAUAAACAACAGACUGAACUUCAUCGAGUCCAAGAUUAAACUGCUAGAGGGAGCAGGUUCACCAUCACCGUCCUUCAACAACUCAACAGAGGGCUCCAGCGACAACGUGAUGUACACCCCCAACCCCACCCCCAACAGGCCCUCCAUCUUACCUACAGCCAGAGGAAGAGGACCACCAGGGCCAAUCGGAUCACCAGGAAUUCCAGGCCCAGCUGGCGAGGCAGGGGUUCCAGGACCGACCGGCCCCACAGGGCCAACGGGAGAGAGAGGAAGACCAGGAGAGAUCGGUCUUCCAGGCCUCCCAGGACCUCCAGGGCCACCCUCCUCCUCUACCUGGCCGAGAGGUGACAUGUUUGGGUUCGACGAGCAGGAGGAGGCCCCUCUUACUCCCACUCUUCCUGAGUUGGUAGCUGGCCCUCCCGGUCCAUCUGGUCCCCUUGGACCUCCAGGUCCCCCUGGACCAAUCGGACCAGCAGGAGUUCCAGGUCUCUCAGGGCGAGACGCAGAGGGAGGCGUCCAAGGCAAUGCUGGCAAUCCCGGUCCUAAAGGAGACGCAGGGGAGAGGGGCCCUUCGGGAUUACCAGGGAAGCACGGCCAGCCUGGGCAGUCUGGGCAGAAGGGGGAGCCAGGAGAGGGUUUGCCUGAGGGGGGCGCUGAAGGAGUGCAGCAGCUGAGGGAAGCUCUCAAGAUCCUGGCAGAGAGAGUUUUGAUUCUGGAACACAUGAUUGGAAUCCACGAGAGUCAAGUAGAGUCAGGCUCUGGACUGGAAGGCCUACCAGACUCCUUUUCCUUCCCCGCCAUCAAGACCAGACUGGCCGAGUCCACCAUCAACACCAGACGACUCCAGCCUCUCCAACUCUCCUCCCGUCCAUCCUCAAGGAAACAAUCUGGUGGCUAGACAGAGACCAUGUCUGUUUUAAGACACCAAUGAGUGUUUAGUGUUUAGUGUUUAGUGUUUUGUGUGUGUGUGUGUGUGUGUGUGUGUGUGUGUGUGUGUGUGUGUGUGUGUGUGUGUGUGUGUGUGUGUGUGUGUGUGUGUGUGUGUGUGUGUGUGUGUGUGUGUGUGUGUGUGUGUGUGUGUGUGUGUGUGUGUGUGUGUGUGUGUGUGUGUGUGUGAUAGUAAUGCAUAUGGAAAGAUGGAGUAUCAACACACCUGCAGAAAAUAUUCAUUUACAUAAUGCAUGACUGGAUAUAAUUCCAGAAAUAUAUUCAUGUGUAUUCUCUCUUCUGUGUAGUAUUUGUACACAAUUUAAUUAACAUGCUGUUCUGAGAGCUGAAGCCAGACCACGUUCUGUUCUGAGAGCUGAAACCAGACCAUGUUCUGUUCUGAGAGCUGAAACCAGACCAUGUUCUGUUCUGAGAGCUGAAGCCAGACCACGUUCUGUUCUGAGAGCUGAAACCAGACCAUGUUCUGUUCUGAGAGCUGAAACCAGACCAUGUUCUGUUCUGAGAGCUGAAACCAGACCAUGUUCUGUUCUGAGAGCUGAAGCCAGACCAUGUUCUGUUCUGAGAGCUGAAACCAGACCAUGUUCUGUUCUGAGAGCUGAAACCAGACCACGUUCUGUUCUGAGAGCUGAAACCAGACCAUGUUCUGUUCUGAGAGCUGAAACCAGACCAUGUUCUGUUCUGAGAGCUGAAACCAGACCAUGUUCUGUUCUGAGAGCUGAAACCAGACCAUGUUCUGUUCUGAGAGCUGAAACCAGACCAUGUUCUGUUCUGAGAGCUGAAGCCAGACCAUGUUCUGUUCUGUUCUGAGAGCUGAAACCAGACCAUGUUCUGUUCUGAGAGCUGAAACCAGACCAUGUUCUGUUCUGAGAGCUGAAACCAGACCAUGUUCUGUUCUGAGAGCUGAAACCAGACCAUGUUCUGUUCUGUUCUGAGAGCUGAAACCAGACCACGUUCUGUUCUGAGAGCUGAAACCAGACCAUGUUCUGUUCUGAGAGCUGAAACCAGACCAUGUUCUGUUCUGAGAGCUGAAACCAGACCAUGUUCUGUUCUGAGAGCUGAAACCAGACCACGUUCUGUUCUGAAAGCUGAAACCAGACCAUAUUCUGUUCUGAGAGCUGAAGCCAGACCACGUUCUGUUCUGAGAGCUGAAACCAGACCAUGUUCUGUUCUGAGAGCUGAAGCCAGACCAUGUUCUGUUCUGAGAGCUGAAACCAGACCACGUUCUGUUCUGAGAGCUGAAACCAGACCAUGUUCUGAUCUGAGAGCUGAAACCAGACCAUGUUCUGUUCUGAGAGCUGAAACCAGACCAUGUUCUGUUCUGAGAGCUGAAACCAGACCAUGUUCUGAUCUGAGAGCUGAAACCAGACCAUGUUCUGUUCUGAGGAUUUUGGACAACCUUCCUGCUUACGAUAUUAAAAAUAAGUGGAAUGAAAUUAAUAACAUCUGGUAUAUAAAACGAAAAUAAGUUUUAAAAAAAUAAAAAAAAAUGUAUUUUGGCUCGGCUGAAACCACCUGGCUCAAACUCUGAGGUUCUGUUUGAUGUCCUGCUGCUGUGUCUGGGUUCUGAUCUGUUCUGGCUGGGUUCUGAUCUGUCCUGGCUGGGUUCUGAUCUGUUCUGUUCUGUCUCUCUUGGCAUGUUGUGUUUCUGUUAUUGGCUAGAAAUAAGUGUGUCUCUGUUAUUGGUCGUUCAUCCUAUAUGGUCUCAUUUAAGAGUGUAUUUUCAAGUUCUUAUAUAGCACAGUGUAUGGUGACGUACUCCUUUUACUACGUACGUUUUCAGUGUAAUACCUAAUAUGUAUAAUGUAUCGAAUACCACGGAUGUUGCAGCGCCCUGCAGCUGCAACCUUUCAGUGUGAUUUAGUAGAUUGAAAAGGGAACAUGUCCUCUUGCUGUUACGGUGUUUCUUCACGUUUCUAUGUGAGGGCUCUGUGAGGGCUCUGUGAGGGCUCUGUGAGGGCUCUGUGAGGGCUCUGUGGGGGCUCUGUGAGGGCUCUGUGAGGGCUCUGUGGGGGCUCUGUGAGGGCUCUGUGGGGGCUCUGUGAGGGCUCUGUGAGGGCUCUGUGAGGGCUCUGUGAGGGCUCUGUGGGGGCUCUGUGGGGGCUCUGUGAGGGCUCUGUGAGGGCUCUGUGAGGGCUCUGUGAGGGCUAUGUGAGGGCUCUGUGAGGGCUAUGUGAGGGCUCUGUGAGGGCUCUGUGAGGGCUAUGUGAGGGCUCUGUGAGGACUCUGUGAGGGCUAUGUGAGGGCUCUGUGAGGGCUCUGUGAGGGCUCUGUGGGGGCUCUGUGGGGGCUCUGUGAGGGCUCUGUGAGGGCUCUGUGAGGGCUCUGUGAGGGCUCUGUGAGGUCUCUGUGAGGGCUCUGUGAGGGCUAGGUGAGGACUCUGUGAGGGCUCUGUGAGGGCUCUGUGAGGGCUCUGUGAGGGCUAUGUGAGGAAUAUGGUUGUGGUUGUACUGUCUGUAAGCUAUUGCACUCAGUGGAUGUGUACUGUAUCUAUCGCUUAAUUAAACCCGUUCACACAGUUCACACAUAUGGAGCAAGUUACUGUCUGGUAUACAGUUCUAAUGUCCAGUGUUAUUGGUGUUUUACACACACACACACACACACACACACCACACACCACACACCACACACCACACACCACACACACACACACACACACAUACACACACACAUACACAUACACAUACACAUACACAUACACAUACACAUACACAUACAAACACACACACACACACAUACACAUACAAACACACACACACACACAUACACAUACACACACACAUACACAUACACAUACACAUACACAUACACAUACACAUACAAACACACACACACAAACCACACACAUACACACACACACUCACACUGUGGUCCACCUAGUGUUGGUUUGGCUAUUUGAUCAUUUCACAGCAUUCAACAUUGUGUUAAUUCAGUCAGUGAAAAUGAGCAAAUGCUACAGCAAUGCAUUUACAAUGCAUAACAUUACUUUACAUAUUGUGUUGUAAUAAUCAAUGUCUUAUCAUCAUAAAAUCAAUUUUGACAGCUUGGCCAUUCACACACAUCACUAUUGGUAACUUUGCUGGACAUUGCAGACCCCUUACAUUUUGGACAUUGGUUCUAAACACAUUAGUCACUACCUGUUGUUAUAACCCCCUAGUCACUACCUGUUGUUAUAAACCCCUAGUCACUACCUGUUGUUAUAACCCCUGAGUCACUACCUGUUGUUAUAACCCCUGAGUCACUACCUGUUGUUAUAACCACUGAGUCACUACCUGUUGUUAUAACCCCUAAGUCACUACCUGUUGUUAUAACCCCUGAGUCACUACCUGUUGUUAUAACCCUUUAAUCACUACCUGUUGUUAUAACCCCUUAAUCACAACCUGUUGUUAUAACCCCUGAGUCACUACCUGUUGUUAUAACCACUGAGUCACUACCUGUUGUUAUAACCCCUGAGUCACUACCUGUUGUUAUAACCCUUUAAUCACAACAUGUUGUUAUAACCCCCUAGUCACUACCUGUUGUAAUAAACCCCUAGUCACUACCUGUUGUUAUAACACCUUAGUCAUUACCUGUUGUUUUAACCCCCUAGUCACUACCUGUUGUUAUAACCCCCUAGUCACUACCUGUUGUUAUAAACCCCUAGUCACUACCUGUUGUUAUAACCCCUAGUCAUUACCUGUUGUUAUGAACCCCUAGUCACUGUUGUUAUAAACCCCUAGCCACUACCUGUUGUUAUAAACCCCUAGUCACUACCUGUUGUUAUAAACCCCUAGUCACAGUUGUUAUAACCCCUUAGUCACUACCUGUUGUUAUAAACCCCUAGUCACAGUUGUUAUAACCCCUUAGUCACUACCUGUUGUUAUAAACCCCUAGUCACUGUUGUUAUAAACCCCUAGCCACUACCUGUUGUUAUAAACCCCUAGUCACUGCCUGUUGUUAUAAACCCCAAGUCACUACCUGUUGUUAUAAACCCCUCGUCACUGUUGUUAUAACCCCUUAGUCACUACCUGUUGUUAUAAACCUAUUGUCACUACCUGUUGUUAUAACCCCUAGUCACUACCUAUUGUUAUAAACCCCUAGUCACUACCUGUUGUUAUAAACCACUAGUCACUACCUGUUGUUAUGAACCCCUAGUCACUACCUGUUGUUAUAACCCCUUAGUCUCUACCUGGUGUUAUAACCCCUUAGUCACUACCUGUUGUUAUAGCCCCUUAGUCACUACCUGUUGUUAUAACCCCUUAGUCACUACCUGGUGUUAUAACCCCUUAGUCAUUACCUGUUGUUAUUACCCCUUAGUCACUACCUGCUGUUAUAACCCCUUAGUCACUACCUGUUGUUAUAACCCCUUAGUCACUACCUGUUGUUAUAAACCCCUAGUCACUACCUGUUGUUAUAAACCCCUAGUCACUACCUGUUGUUAUAAACCCCUAGUCACUACCUGUUGUUAUAACCCCUAGUCACCACCUGUUGUUAUAAACCACUAGUCACUACCUGUUGUUAUAAACCCCUAGUCACAGUUGUUAUAAACCACUAGUCACAGUUGUUAUAAACCACUAGUCACAGUUGUUAUAAACCCCUAGUCACUACCUGUUGUUAUAAACCCCUUAGUCACUGUUGUUAUAACCCCUGAGUCACUACCUGUUGUUAUAAACCCAUUGUCACUACCUGUUGUUAUAACCCCUAGUCACUACCUGUUGUUAUAAACCCCUAGUCACUACCUGUUGUUCUAAACCCCUUAGUCAUUACCUGUUCUUAUAACCCCUUAGUCACUACCUGUUGUUAUAACCCCCUAGUCACUACCUGUUCUUAUAACCCCUUAGUCACUACCUGUUGUUAUAAACCCCUAGUCACUACCUGUUGUUAUAACCCCUUAGUCACUACCUGUUGUUAUAACCCCUAGUCACAGUUGUUAUAACCCCCUAGCCACUACCUGUUGUUAUAAUCCCUAGUCACAGUUGUUAUAACCCCUUAGUCAUUACCUGUUGUUAUGAACCCCUAGUCACUACCUGUUGUUAUGAACCCCUAGUCACUACCUGUUGUUAUAAACCACUAGUCAUUACCUGUUGUUAUAACCCCCUAGUCACUACCAGUUGUUAUAAACCCCUAGCCACUACCUGUUGUUAUAAACCCCUAGUCACUACCUGUUGUUAUGAACCCCUAGUCACUACCUGUUGUUAUAAACCCCUAGUCACUACCUGUUGUUAUAACCCCUAGUCACUACCUGUUGUUAUAAACCCCCUAGUCACUACCUGUUGUUAUAAACCCCUAGUCACUACCUGUUGUUAUAAACCCCUAGUCACUACCUGUUGUUAUAAACCCCUAGUCACUACCUGUUGUUAUAACCCCUAGUCACUACCUGUUGUUAUAAACCCCUAGUCACUACCUGUUGUUAUAAACCCCUAGUCACUACCUGUUGUUAUAAACCCCUAGUCACUACCUGUUGUUAUAACCCCUAGUCACCACCUGUUGUUAUAAACCACUAGUCACUACCUGUUGUUAUAAACCCCUAGUCACAGUUGUUAUAAACCACUAGUCACAGUUGUUAUAAACCACUAGUCACAGUUGUUAUAAACCCCUAGUCACUACCUGUUGUUAUAAACCCCUUAUUCACUGUUGUUAUAACCCCUGAGUCACUACCUGUUGUUAUAAACCCACUGUCACUACCUGUUGUUAUAACCCCUAGUCACUACCUGUUGUUAUAAACCCCUAGUCACUACCUGUUGUUCUAAACCCCUUAGUCAUUACCUGUUCUUAUAACCCCUUAGUCACUACCUGUUGUUAUAACCCCCUAGUCACUACCUGUUCUUAUAACCCCUUAGUCACUACCUGUUGUUAUAAACCCCUAGUCACUACCUGUUGUUAUAACCCCUUAGUCACUACCUGUUGUUAUAACCCCUAGUCACAGUUGUUAUAACCCCCUAGCCACUACCUGUUGUUAUAAUCCCUAGUCACAGUUGUUAUAACCCCUUAGUCAUUACCUGUUGUUAUGAACCCCUAGUCACUACCUGUUGUUAUGAACCCCUAGUCACUACCUGUUGUUAUAAACCACUAGUCAUUACCUGUUGUUAUAACCCCCUAGUCACUACCAGUUGUUAUAAACCCCUAGUCACUACCUGUUGUUAUGAACCCCUAGUCACUACCUGUUGUUAUGAACCCCUAGUCACUACCUGUUGUUAUAAACCCCUAGUCACUACCUGUUGUUAUAACCCCUAGUCACUACCUGUUGUUAUAAACCCCCUAGUCACUACCUGUUGUUAUAAACCCCUAGUCACUACCUGUUGUUAUAAACCCCUAGUCACUACCUGUUGUUAUAAACCCCUAGUCACUACCUGUUGUUAUAACCCCUAGUCACUACCUGUUGUUAUAAACCCCUAGUCACUACCUGUUGUUAUAAACCCCUAGUCACUACCUGUUGUUAUAAACCCCUAGUCACUACCUGUUGUUAUAAACCCCUAGUCACUACCUGUUGUUAUAAACCACUAGUCAUUACCUGUUGUUAUAACCCCUAGUCACUACCUGUUGUUAUAACCCCCUAGCCACUACCUGUUGUUAUAAACCCCUAGCCACUACCUGUUGUUAUAAACCCCUAGCCACUACCUGUUGUUAUAAACCGCUAGUCACUACCUGUUGUUAUAAACCACUAGUCACUACCUGUUGUUAUAAACCACUAGUCACUACCUGUUGUUAUAAACCCCUAGUCACUACCUGUUGUUUUAACCCCCUAGUCACUACCUGUUGUUAUAAACCCCUAGUCAUUUCCUGUUGUUAUAACCCCUUAAUCACUACCUGUUGUUAUAAACCCCUAGUCACUACCUCAUAUAAACCCCUAGUCACAACCUGUUGUUAUCAACCCCUAGUCACAGUUGUUAUAAACCCCUAGUCACUACCUGUUGUUAUAAACCCCUUAGUCACUACCUGUUGUUAUAAACCCCUAGUUACUACCUGUUGUUAUAAACCCCUAGUCACUACCUGUUGUUAUAAACCACUACUCACUACCUGUUGUUAUAAACCCCUAGUCACUACCUGUUGUUAUAAACCCCUAGUCACUACCUGUUGUUAUAAACCCCUAGUCACUACCUGUUGUUAUAAACCCUAGUCACAGUUGUUAUAACCCCCUAGCCACUACCUGUUGUUAUAAACCCCUAGCCACUACCUGUUGUUAUAAACCCUAGUCACAGUUGUUAUAACCCCCUAGCCACUACCUGUUGUUAUAAACCCCUAGUCACUACCUGUUGUUAUAACCCCCUAGCCACUACCUGUUGUUAUAACCCCCUAAUCACUACCUGUUGUUAUAAACCCCUAGUCACUACCUGUUGUUAUAAACCCCUAGUCACUACCUGUUGUUAUAAACCCCUAGUCACUACCUGUUGUUAUAAACCCCUAGUCACUACCUGUUGUUAUAAACCCCUAGUCACUACCUGUUGUUAUAAACCCCUAGUCACUACCUGUUGUUAUAAACCCCUAGUCACUACCUGUUGUUAUAAACCCCUAGUCACUACCUGUUGUUAUAAACCCCCAGUCACUACCUGUUGUUAUAAACCCCUAGUUACUACCUGUUGUUAUAAACCCCUAGUCACUACCUGUUGUUAUAAACCCCUAGUCACUACCUGUUGUUAUAAACCCCUAGUCACUACCUGUUGUUAUAAACCACUAGUCAUUACCUGUUGUUAUAACCCCUAGUCACUACCUGUUGUUAUAACCCCCUAGCCACUACCUGUUGUUAUAAACCCCUAGCCACUACCUGUUGUUAUAAACCCCUAGUCACUACCUGUUGUUAUAAACCGCUAGUCACUACCUGUUGUUAUAAACCACUAGUCACUACCUGUUGUUAUAAACCACUAGUCACUACCUGUUGUUAUAAACCCCUAGUCACUACCUGUUGUUUUAACCCCCUAGUCACUACCUGUUGUUAUAAACCCCUAGUCAUUACCUGUUGUUAUAACCCCUUAAUCACUACCUGUUGUUAUAAACCCCUAGUCAUUACCUGUUGUUAUAAACCCCUAGUCACAGUUGUUAUAAACCCCUAGUCACUACCUGUUGUUAUAAACCCCUUAGUCACUACCUGUUGUUAUAAACCCCUAGUCACUACCUGUUGUUAUAAACCCCUAGUCACUACCUGUUGUUAUAAACCACUAGUCACUACCUGUUGUUAUAAACCCCUAGUCACUACCUGUUGUUAUAAACCCCUAGUCACUACCUGUUGUUAUAAACCCCUAGUCACUACCUGUUGUUAUAAACCCUAGUCACAGUUGUUAUAACCCCCUAGCCACUACCUGUUGUUAUAAACCCCUAGCCACUACCUGUUGUUAUAAACCCUAGUCACAGUUGUUAUAACCCCCUAGCCACUACCUGUUGUUAUAAACCCCUAGUCACUACCUGUUGUUAUAACCCCCUAGCCACUACCUGUUGUUAUAACCCCUAGUCACAGUUGUUAUAACCCCCUAGCCACUACCUGUUGUUAUAACCCCUAGUCACAGUUGUUAUAACCCCCUAGUCACUACCUGUUGUUAUAACCCCCUAGCCACUACCUGUUGUUAUAAACCCCUCGUCACUGUUGUUAUAAUCCCCUUAGUCACUACCUGUUGUUAUAAACCCAUUGUCACUACCUGUUGUUAUAACCCCUAGUCACAUUUGUUAUAAACCCCUCGUCACUGUUGUUAUAACCCCCUAGUCACUGCCUGUUGUUACAAACCCCUAGUCACAACCUGUUAUAAACUCCUAGUCACUACCUCUGUUGUAGUAGUACAGUAGUAUAGGAAAUCCCAGACCUAGUGUGUGUCGGAACUUUGUCAAUGUAGGAGGCAACCCGUCUGCCUCGGCUGACAAGUAGUGUAGUUAUCUGGUUAUAGGCUAUUUACAAAAUCCCUUCCCUCCUCCGUUCAACUUCUUGCUCCUCUCCCUGGCAGCGCCCCCCUAUAGAGAAAGAUAGAGGACUCAUCAAUGGAAAUGUCCAUGUUAAAAAAGGUAUUAUCCAUCUUGUCCUCUAUCUCUAUGUGCGCCCUCUUACUCACUCUCCUUGUCCUCUCCGUGGGUGAUGAUGAAACACAGGUUCUUGUAGGCAAGGUUAUCGGCCACAUCCAGGUGAACGUUUUGGAGCAUCUGGUUGACCUGCAAAGAGGAGUACAGCUCUGCUCUGUUAUCCCCAAUACUACCUUUAGGGGGAGCUGUCUUCUAGGGAGUUUUUCCUAGCCACUGUGCUUCUGCCUCUGCAUUGCUGGCUCUUUUGGGUUUUAGGCUGGGUUGCUGAUGUAAAAAGGGCUUCAUGAAAUACAUUUGAUUUGAAUUUGAGCUGAAUUUGAGCUGUACAGCUAAACAUUAUAUUAACUGAGCUGUCUGCUGGGUCAUAAACAUUAGGUUAACUGAGCUGUCUGCUGAGUCAUAAACAUUAGGUUAACUGAGCUGUCUGCUGGGGAGUAAACAUUAGGUUAACUGAGCUGUCUGCUGAGUCAUAAACAUUAGGUUAACUGAGCUGUCUGCUGGGUCAUCAACAUUAGGUUAACUGAGCUGUCUGCUGGGUCAUCAACAUUAGGUUAACUGAGCUGUCUGCUGGGUCAUCAACAUUAGGUUAACUGAGCUGUCUGCUGGGUCAUCAAUAUUAGGUUAACUGCACAGACAUACUACUACUUUGAACAAGGCAGUUAACCCACUGUUCCUAGGCCGUCAUUGAAAAUAAGAAUUUGUUCUUAAACUGACUUGCCUAGUUAAAUAAAGGUAAAAUAAAAAAAAAGUAAUAUUUUUUACUACUUUUACUUUUACUCCACUACAUUCCUAAAGGAAAUAUGGUACUUUUUACUUCAUAUGUUUUCCCUGACACCCAAAAAUAUUUAUUACAUUUUGAAUGGUUAGCAGGACAGAAAAAUGGUCUAAUUCACACAAGAGAACAUCCCUGGUAAUCCCUACUGCCUCUGAUCUGGCGGACUCACCAAACACCUGCUUCCUUUGUAAAUUAUGUCUGAGUGUUGGAGCAUUCCCCUGGCUUUCUGUAAAUAAAUAAAAUAAUUCAAAAUAAAA